AGGAGGGCGCCCGAGGAGAGAGGAGGGCGGGCGGCGGAGGGAGCGGGAGGCGAGCGGCGCGCGAGGAAGCUUAGGGAGCGACGGGCGCGGCGGGCCAGGAUGGAUUUCCAGCAGCUGGCUGACGUUGCGGAGAAAUGGUGUUCCAACACGCCCUUCGAGCUCAUCGCCACCGAGGAGACCGAGCGCAGGAUGGAUUUCUACGCCGACCCCGGCGUCUCCUUCUACGUGCUGUGCCCGGACAACGGCUGCGGGGACAAUUUUCACGUGUGGAGUGAGAGCGAGGACUGCCUGCCUUUUUUGCAGCUAGCACAGGAUUACAUCUCCUCCUGCGGCAAGAAGACGCUCCACGAAGUCUUGGAAAAAGUCUUCAAGUCUUUCAGACCUUUACUGGGGCUUCCGGAUGCAGAUGACGAUGCGUUUGAAGAGUACAGUGCAGACGUGGAAGAGGAGGAGCCAGAGGCGGACCACCCCCAAAUGGGGGUCAGUCAGCAGUAGACUUCCAAGGGCUCCCACCUGAGAAGGAGAGUGAGCCCCGUGGUGCCCGAGGUGGGGUCGUGAGCUCCUGGGUUAGCAUUUUGCAUUAGCACUUCGAAACAGGACGUCUGACUCCCAGCAUCCAAAUUAAAAUGAAACACCUUUUUUAACGACCACAGAAUAUCGGGGAUGAGCUUUGCUCAGAAGUGACCUGAAUUUUACUCCCGUUUCAGUGGGUCUCUACGGAGUUGUCUCGGUAGCCUUUGCCGUUUUGAAUUUAGAGUCCAUUUUGUGGCUGACUGUUCUCUCUUGAGUUUAUGUUGGAGAACUAACAUUUGCUGACUCGAAUGUAGGGAACUCUGAAUGUAUUAAGGAUAUGUUUUGAGUCAUCACAGGUGACAUUAUUGAGGGAAAGCAUGGCAGAGAAGAAAUGCAGUCUGCACUUUUUAUGUACCUUUUAAGUGUAUGUAAGUGGAAGGUUUUGCUUAUAAAGCAUGAGUUUUAAUAUCUAGUCUUUAAACUGCACAAGUGCAAGUACAAGGGCAGAAAAGGAGAAUUACUUAGUUUGGAUUAGGGAGUAAGAGAGGCAAGGAAGCCUUUGUUUAAGUGUUCUGCCAUCACUGAUUUACCUGGAUAUAUGGCAGCUGGUUCAUGGUUAGGUAUACACAUUACUUGCAUGUUCAGUUAUUUUAAAACAUGCUGAUCCCAAAGCCACUUUCAAAGUCUAAGAGUGGAGAAUACAAAUGGGGUGACAUAAAUUAUUGAUUUCUUUAAAAUGUUUAUAAACCACCCCACAUAUGAAAUGAAACAUUUACCUUCUCUCUUUAUAACAAGAUGGCAACUUGCUAAAUCAUGAAAACAUCCCAAAUCCAAGUGCCACUUAAACUUUGAAGCCAUAGAUAAAUUUAAUAGGAAAAUAAACCAGGAUAAAUUUUUUUAAGAAAUAUGAUGGAAUUCUUCUUUAGUUUCUUAAAACUUUUAUUCUUAAAAACAAAUCAAGAAAAGGAUCCCACUGUAUAAUUUAUUAAAAAAUUGUAAUCAAGUGCUUUGGGGAACCUUAACUGCAGUGAAGUUCUAAAGUGACAUGAUGCUGGGAAUCUUUUAAUCAUGGGUUAGCUUGGUACAAAGGGGAAGUUUUAAUGACCAGAAUAUUCAGACAACUCACAGAAAUAACUGCUGUCAUAACUGGAAACACUGUCAUCACUUAGCAGCAAACACUUGGUGGGGCGGUGGUUCUUUGCAGUGCUAACACAGAAUUAUUUAAAACAUUCAUUUUUCUUGGACCUCUCUGCAACUCUGGUUUUAAUAAUGGAGGAUGCAGAACGCCUCUUUUACAACACUUGACUAAAUGUAACAUCUGGGGUGGAAACGUUUUUUGACUUGCACACACAUGCCUGUUGGGUUGUCAAAGUUUGGAUUAAAAAAAAAAGGAAAAGGUAGCAGCAGAAGCCACAGAGCUAAGGGGAGUCCUGUACGUCUUCCAGGCACGUCUGCGUCAACCUGAUUAUCUCAGCAUUUUCUGUUUAAUUGAUUGGUGCUGUGAGGAGCGCAGCUGCUUGUGGUGAAACAGUGUACAGCAGCUUUAUGUCACUGGGUAAAAUAAUGUAGUGGUUUCCAUCUGUGCUUCGGUACCCCCAUUUUUUUUUUCUUUCCACGAAAGUGUAUUAAAGUUUAACUUCCAGUGAAAUGAAUUUCCUUCAGAGUAGCCUGUUAACAAGCCUUGGGGUUUCAUCCCGCGGGGCGAGCGGAUUCCGUGCUUUGCUCCCUUGCCUGGGUUCUGAUUGGCUCUGUACCUGAGCACAGGUGAUUGUGAGCCAGCCCUCCCAUAGAUAGCGCCCAGUUUUGUAAGCUCCAGCUCCAUUUUAACACAGUAGAAGAAUGACUUCUGCCACUGAAAUGAAGAAGCUUGACUAGCUCACUCCAUUCACAGGUAAACUGGGGUUUUAUAUGUAGAGGCUUAAAACCUAAAUUUACAUAUGUUUGGAAAUGGAAUAGACAUUAAUAUAAAAUGUAUUUUAUCAAGAAAGUGUUUAGGCUUAGACCAAAUGCAUUUUGGUAUUUUUAUGUUAAUGCUCUCUGUCUGUAAAGCUGAGAGAGACUCAGCCAUUCAGUGGGCCAUUCAGUGUGCCCAGGAGAAAUCUGGUCUUUGUUCUGCCGCCGGGCAGGGGAGAACAUCGCUGUGCGUUACUUAUUUUCCUGGCAAAACCCCCAAAGGGAAUUUGCGAAUCAGAUCGUUUCCUCUAACGCUUUGUUUUCUCCGGCUGUGCCCGUCCCUGCCAGUGCUCGCUGCCACACGUGCUCACGUGCACACUCCCGCCCGCCCCGCGGGCUCCUGCCCGGGUCGUGUGUGCAUCAGUGAAGAGCGUCACCGGACAUGUCCGGGAGUCAGGCAGGCAGUGGUUCUUGUUCUGGAAGUGGUUCCCUGGCUAGACAAGUUCUGGACUCCCACAAACACGUAAACACACUUACCCAGAGGCAGUGUGGUGCCGUGGGAGGAGGGUAGACCCAGCAGUUGGGAGGGAGACCUGGGUUUCAUCCUGACUCUGCCAGUGACUGCGUGCUCUUGGGAAAGUCACUUCACUAACCUGAAACGAGAGGUGUUUGCCCUUCCGGCUUUAACCACCGUCCUUCCUUAACUGCCUUACGACGUGUGUGUAUGAAAAGCAACCAUCAAGGAAACUUUCUGGAAAGUGGGAAGGAAGGACAUUUUGAACCUUGCCAUCCUUAGGAUCCUGGCCACAGGACGCCCUCAGCACAUAUUUGUGUUGGUCUGUGAGUGUCGAAACCCCCUCGGGGCUGACGCUGAGGGGCUGAUGGAAUGCUGUUCCUCAGGUGAGAGGGUAAAGUAGGGCCCCAGGAGAUACGGAGAACGUACUUGUCCGAGUUGUGCAUGCUCUGCUGUGGAAGGUGUGGAUUUGCUUUGUGCCCCGACAGACUGGGGCUUUAGAAGUGGAAUAAGUCUCACUUAACUGAGAGGGGGACAUGUGCGCAAAGAAUACCUGGAUGGGAGUGAAAAAUGACUUUGACUUUUUUGUCAUGUCAUCCAGUAGAGAAAAAGAGAAGUAAUAGAAAGUGAGUGUGUGUGUGUGUGUGUGUGUAGGUGUGUGAAUAGGGGAAUGCUUGACUGCUUGUUGAUCACUGUGGGCUAGCUGUGAAGUCAGGCCUGUGAUCACGUUACAAAACCUCGAUCGCAGGUUUGAGUGAAUCCCAGAGACAUUUUUCUAAUGGCCACCUGGUUACUUUUCCCUGCCUGAUAAUCAGCUACUGUGGUGUCCACUCAAGUCUCCCAGGCUCCCAGCAGCAUAGUGCUUUUUCCCUCCCAUGCCUAGAGUAUGAGAAGUCUUUUAUUUAGCAAUUCUCCUUGUGUCCUGGUGCCAGAAGGAGGUUUCCAGUGUCCUUAAGUGAAAACCUCUCUGCUCUCAUAGUCACAGUCAUUUUCCACAUAGGAGUAGAAACCUUUCUGUAGCACAAGUACGUCUUCUGUUUCGUAAGAGCACAAAGUACAGGGACUUUGGGGAGCGGUGAUGCUAGAGCAUCACCGAUGAGAACUCGCAUUUGAGGAACCCGCCUUGCAUCUUAAAACCCACAAGUGGGGAGGCUGGGGUGUGAGCAUAUCCGAUGUUUCAUGGCUUGAGAGGCACAUGGGAAUAGACAGGACUUACUCUGGGGUGGAAGGAGAUAAGAGAGGUAGAAUGGGAGAGUUAGGGUCUGAUUCUUUAAAGAUAAAACAAGCCAAGAAGCAGUUACCGUGUGGAGUGCACGAGCACUGUUGUCCUGGCUGUCUCACCAGGAGCCUGCUGUCCUCAAAGGGCCUGCUUGUGUGUUGAGAGGCAAGGCCUGGGGUGGGGUGGCUUUACGGCUUUAAAAAUGCCCCCCACCCAAGGAGACAACGGGUGUCCUGCAGAUCUGGUGGAGUUCUGUUCCUCACUAAGCCAGCUGCCAGCAGGAGAACCUGUCUCUCCAAAGUGCUCACAAACCUGAGAUGGGCCCCAGUCACCUGGCAGGCAGAAAGUGAACAAGAUUUGAUCUUGCUGUCGCCUGCAGAGGAGGCCACGGGUCAGGAAUGCUCCCGAGGGCAGAGCCUACCCACUCACUCCACUGUGCUUCUGGGUUGUAGAAAGAGCACAAUUAAAACUCUAGUGGAUCACAGAUCCCUCUUCCUUAUAGUGAGUGUUAACUUCAAAGAGAUGCCAUUGCCUAGUCUUCAGAUUACCAGAGAAGCCUCACAUAUUUUUCGAAUUAAAAACGAAUCCUCUUCCAUAAAGACACAAUCAGUUAUCUUGGUUUUGUGAUACCAGGUAUGACAUGAAAGGCUGACAUCUUUUAGAUUUUAUACAGAAUAAUUCUCAAACUUGCCAGAAUGCCAGUAGCCACUGGUAUCCAUGGCAACACGGUGUCCUUGGUAAAAUAUCUAUAGCUCAUGUUCAUCGGGAAGAUUGUUAAAUACUGUGUUGUCUUUGAUAUUUUUAUUUAAAUUUGGAUUACAAAAGUCGAGGACCUGUGAGCAUUUCAUGUUGUUGGAAAGUCCAUUUACAGCAUGGUAUGGCUGAAUAGGCACAAGUACUUAAAUCAGGCGCCAGGCCAUACAAAAAUAAACAUUUAGUUUGCUGAGGACUGUGUAUUCAAGUUAUUCAGUACCACAGAGAAAACUGAAAGUCUGUUCUUUGUGAAACUGCCUUUGCCUGUUUUUUUUCUUUUAUUUUUGUCUCUUAAGAUUCAUUUUUGACUUUAAGUACCUUCUGAUAGCUAGGCAGAUAAGAUACAGAGCCGUACUCUGUACUAGGGUCAGCUUUUCAGAGGAGAAAGUAAAUCGUUGGUUCCAGGGAAAAUCUGAAGCUCUCUGUGAGCCAGUCUUAAUUUGUGUUAAGAGAACAAAGUUUAGCUGUCUACACGAGAAGCAAAAGCAAGGAACGGUUUGGGGUUUUGGUUUUGGUUUUGAGGCAAGAAAUGUUUCAUGCAGGGUGUGAUGCUCUCUUUGCCUUUGUAUUUCCUUUCAAAGAAAUCUCUUGUAAAUUACACAGCUGUGAAGUGGGUUGCCAAAAAUUGUUGCCCUGCGUUAGAUUCUUCAAGCAGUGUAAAUCCAAAAUUGAAACCUGUCCACACCUGCUCCUCCCUCCCUACCCUGAGAGAGGGGAUCUCAUCUGACGAUGUAAUUACCAUACGCUUGCUAUUAAAGAGCCUUCCGAACCCUGGUGA